AUGUCUCAAGAUUAUUCUUAUUUUGGAUUCUCUUAUAUAAACAGAAAUGCAGAAAAUGAUGCAAAAAACACCACGGCUCUUAAUAAUGCUGCAGAUAUCUCUGUUAUUGUGGUGUACUUCCUGGUCGUCUUGGCAGUUGGAGUUUGGUCUAUGGUCCACACUAACAGAUCCACUGUAGGUGGCUUCUUCCUUGCAGGGAGGAGUAUGGUAUGGUGGCCGAUCGGAGCAUCGCUGUUUGCCAGCAAUAUUGGCAGUGUCCAUUUCGUAGGAAUUGCUGGUACUGGCGCAGCUGCAGGAAUAGCCAUUGGUGGAUUUGAAUGGAAUGCUCUUUUUGCGAUUGUUAUCCUGGGAUGGAUCUUUGUGCCCAUCUACAUUAGAGCUGGGAUCAUCACCAUGCCUGAGUACCUGAAGAAGAGAUUCGGAGGACAGCGCAUUUGCAUUUAUCUCUCUCUUCUCUCCCUUGUCUUAUAUGUCUUCACCAAAAUUUCAGCAGACAUUUUCUCGGGUGCAAUUUUCAUCCAGCAGGCCUUUGGGUUGAAUAUCUACCUCGCUGUUAUUGCACUUCUGGCGAUUACGGCACUGUACACUGUCACAGGUGGACUGGCAGCAGUGAUCUACACGGACACUUUACAAACCUUUAUCAUGCUUAUUGGAUCAUUCAUUCUGAUGGGCUUUGCUUUUAAUGAAGUGAAGGGAUAUGAAAACUUUGAGAAACUCUACAUGCAAGCAAUCCCCUCAAUCACGGGUAACAUCAGUGCAAACUGCUAUGAGCCCCGGCCAGACUCCUUCCAUCUCUUCAGGGAUCCAGUUACAGGAGACCUCCCAUGGCCUGGUCUCGUGUUUGGACUCACUAUUCAGUGCAUCUGGUACUUUUGCACUGAUCAGGUGAUUGUGCAGCGCUGCCUCUCUGCCAAGAGUCUCUCUCACGUGAAAGGAGGUUGUAUCCUAUGUGGUUACCUGAAGAUACUGCCCAUGUUCCUCAUGGUUUUCCCCGGGAUGAUUAGCAGGAUCCUGUACACAGAUGUGGUAGCAUGUGUGGAUCCAGAUGAAUGUGAAAAACACUGUGGGACCAGGGUGGGCUGCAGCAACAUUGCGUAUCCGAAACUGGUCGUUGAACUCAUGCCUAAUGGCUUGCGAGGUCUUAUGCUGUCUGUGAUGCUGGCCUCUUUGAUGAGCUCCCUUACCUCUAUCUUCAACAGUGCCAGUACUCUCUUCACCAUGGACAUCUACACUAAGAUCCGUCGCUCUGCUAGUGAGAAGGAACUUAUGAUUGCUGGCAGACUGUUUAUCUUGGCCCUGAUUGGUGUGAGCAUAGCAUGGAUUCCUGUGGUGCAAGCAGCCCAAAGUGGUCAGCUUUUUGUCUACACUCAAUCCAUCACCAGUUACCUUGCCCCACCUGUUGCAGCUGUCUUCUUGCUUGCCAUUUUUUGCAAACGUGUCAAUGAGACUGGUGCAUUUUAUGGCCUCAUAAUUGGGCUGUGUAUGGGCUUGAGCAGGAUGAUUACUGAGUUUAUUUAUGGGACAGGUAGCUGUGCUAUCCCCAGUAACUGUCCCACUAUCAUAUGUGGAGUUCACUACCUUUACUUUGGGCUCAUUCUGUUUGUCAUCUCCGGCAUCAUCAUGCUGGCAGUGUCUCUCAUGACCAAACCUAUUGACGACAAACAUUUGCACCAGCACCAAAAGGAUGAUGAGCCUGGCUUCUUGAAGAAAGCGGUGAUGUGCUUCUGCGGCCUGGAAACCAAAAAAGCCCCCAAGCUGACUAAAGAAGAGGAGGAAGAGCUGAAAAGGAAGCUGACAGACACCUCAGAGGUGCCUCUGUGGAGGAACGUAGUCAAUGUCAACGCCGUCAUCCUUCUGUGUGUGGCUGUGUUCUGUCAUGCCUAUUUUGGCUAA